CUCUUGGCUGGACAAUUUCAAAUGUAAACACAAAAGAUUAUUUCGAUGUUAAUUUGUCCAUCGAAGAAAUUGUGAAUAAAUACAAAAAAGAAUCCGGUUUUGUUUUUGUACAACGAGCUUUCAUACAUCAAAUAGCAUUUAAAUAAAAAAAUGCCUCCGCCAAGAGCUAGACUUCACAAGAAUAGCGGUAAAUUUAGCAACAUACCCAAAAAACCUCCAAGUACUCAUAGCAACUCCAGUGCCAAUGGCACUGCGAGCGACAGUACGGGUGGAUCUGGAACAGAAUCCGACCGCCAGUUCGAACUGGAACUGUACUGGUGCAUCCAGCAGCUUGAAAAUACACUUGGUGCGCCACAUAUACGGGAAAAUGCCAAGAAAGUGGAGGACACAAACAAACUGAUCAACACACUUAAGUCUGCCAGCCAACCGUUAAUCAAGAAACGCCAGAUUAUGCGAACCACCUUCGGUGACUAUCGUAGUAAGAUGGCAGAAGAAGAGAAAACGAUGGCACUGAAUCCGGAAAGUGUCCGGUUUGACGCACCGAGUGGGAAAAUUAAGCAUCAUUUUGUUAAAAAGGCUGCAAUUCUCAGUGAAGAAAAAGAUUAUCGGUUCAAUUUCUCUAAUAUUAAUCUGGACGAUGCCGAGUCACACAGGGAAGAUUCAACAGUAGUUCUAGUUAAAAGUGACUGUAUGCAAGAGCGGAAAAUGGGGCCUAUCGAAUUCACCGAUAACUCUUUUAGGUUCAACUUUGCAAUCGACGAUCAAGCAUAAUAAACGUUUCGUUAGAAACUAAACCUAGCCAUUUCUAGCAAGUAGAUUUAUUGAAUACUUCGACUUUAGAUAAAGUAAUCAUCUAAUGAGAACAGUGAAUUAAUUCAAAA